AUGGCUUUCUUGAUGAAGAAGAAGAAGUUCAAAUUUCAAACCAGUUUCACUUUAGAGGAGCUGACUGCUGUUCCUUUUGUGAAUGGGGUUCUGUUCUGCAAAAUUAGGCUUCUUGAUGGAGGAGAUUUUGCCACUUUAUCUUCCAGGUAGGAAGUUCUUCAUUUAUAAUAAUAAUAAUUUAUUAUUUAUACCCCACCUAUCUGGCCCUCCCUGUUUGAUAUUUGUUGUACUGAGCAAUUAUGUGUCACUAGGGCUAUUUCCCCUUGUCUAGUGCCCCCCUUAUGCUUUGUGUGUGCAUGGUGGGUGGGGAGAGAGGAAAUGAAGUUCUGUGAACACUGAUGGUCUGCUGUGUGAGGUUCUUCAGGAAGUUGGGUACACAUUUUUCAAGACUUUUCAAACUAAAGCAUUUGUGAUCUGAAAAACUUUUCAUUUCCCCACCCUAGUAGUGCAUAUAGUGAUGAGUGUGUGUAUUGAUACUCACUAAGGAACUUGACAUUUGGGAAAGAUAGUUCUGCAUAUCCUUCCUCUUUGCUCCCUUGUUGAGCUUAUUCUAGGUUGCAAAGUAUGUGAUACUUGAGAAUCUGUUUGAAAAAUCACAGCUUUAGAUGCUGUGUUGUUCUCUUUUCUUGUUGUUUUACAUUCAUUAAUAGACCAAAAUGCUGUAUCAUAAAUCUAAACUAAUACAGUUCUGGUUCCAUGGAGGGAGUCCCUUUUUUAAAAAACAUUUAAUUUGUAGGAUUAUUUUCUCUCUUCUCUAAAAGGCGACUGCCCUGUCUUUCAGUAACUGUUAAUCAAAUGUUGCUUUUGUUGUUGGCUGUGUGCAGAUUGAUUAUUGCCUAGCAUUGUGCCAAAACAAAUUCCAAAAACAAUCCUGGACUUGCUCGUGAACUGCCUUGUUCCGUAACUCACGGCAGGAGAUUUUAGAAGCUUUUCUUGUACUUGUACAAAAGCACGUAGGUCUCUAGGAAGGGACAAAAAUUGAUUUUUGUGUGGCUUUCUUUUAAAAAAGCAGCACGAAGCCAACGUUUUUUUGUCUCUUCAUAUAUUAUUAUUAUUUCUACCCCGCCAAUCUGGCUGGUUUUCCCCAGCCACUCUGGGCAGUUUCCAGCAAAAUAUUAAAAUACAAUAAUUAAUCAAAUAUUAAAAGCUUCCCUAAACAGGGCUGCCUUCAGAUGUCUUCUAAAAGUCAGAUAAUUGUUUAUUUCUUUCAUAUCUUUUGGGAGGGCAUUCCACAGGGCGGGCACCACUACCAAGAAGGCCCUUUGCCUGGUUCUCGAUAACUUUCUUCUCGCAGUGAGGGAACCGCCAGAAGGCCCUUGGCGCUGGUCCUCAGUGUCUGGGCAGAACGAUGGGGGUGGAGAUGCUCCUUCAGGUAUACUGGGCCGUGGCUGUUUAGGGCUUUAAAGGUCAGCACCAGCACUUUGAAUUGUGCUCGGAAACGUACUGGGAGCCAAUGUAGGUCUUUAAGGACCGGUGUUAUGUGGUCUUGGUGGCCACUCCCAGUCACCAGUCUAGCUGCCGCAUUCUGCAUUAGUUGUAGUUUCUGGGUCACCUUCAAAGGUAUCCCCACGUAGAGCGCAUUGCAGUAGUCCAAGUGGGAGAUAACUAGAGCAUGCACCACUCUGGCAAGACAUUCCACGGGCAGGUAGGCUCUUAGCCUUCAUACCAGAUAGAGCUGGUAAACCGCUGCCCUGGACACAGAAUUGACCUGCACCUCCAUGGACAGCUGUGAGUCCAAAAUGACUCCUAGGCUGCAAACCUGGUCCUUCAGAGGCACAGUUACCCCAUUCAGGACCAGGGAGUCUUCCAUACCCACCCACCCCCUGUCUCCCCAAAACAGUACUCCUGUCUUUUCAGGAUUCAACUUCAAUCUGUUAGCUGCCAUCCAUCCUCCAACCGCCUCCAGACAUUCACACAGGACCUUCACUGAUUCAGAUUUAAAAGAGAGGUAGAGCUGGGUAUUAUCCGCAUACUGAUGAACACCCAGCCCCAACCCCCUGAUGAUCUCUCCCAGCGGCUUCAUGUAGAUGCAUGGGGAGAGGACGGAACCCUGAGGCACCCCACAAAUGAGAGCCCAUGACCUGGGUUGCUGUGCGUAAGAGAAACCGGGUAGACAAGCAGCGGCAAGGACAGGCCCACACGCUUCAUCCAACCAGAUCUCUGUUACACAUGCCAGAUCAAGUCCUCCAUCCACGAUCAAGUCUUUGAUGGCAGUGGUCUUAUCAAUCAUUGACCUGGCAUUGCACAGCAGCACGUUCAGGUCAUGUGGGUCUCCCUUGCUGAUUCCAGUAUCCAUCCAGUCAAGACCAGACCUGGAGGCAGGGAUAGUCCUCAAACAGCGACUAAAUCUUCUUCCUCGGUAAUGACAUGGUCUGGUCUUAGUGUAACUCUUCCUCCUACUACCCAUGAUCACUGAGAUCGGGUGUCCCAGUGCAUCCCCCCCCCCAUGGAACAUGCCCCAGCCGUUCUGUUGGCUAGGGCCUACUCCCAGCCAGCCCUGACCCCACCCCUUAAAAACAAAAUACAACCUAUACAAAAAACAAAACAAUAGAAACUAAAAAUAAUAAAAAGUUACAAUCUUACUAAAAUUAAACAAAUCCCUAACCCCAACUAAACAUUUGUCCCACCCCAAUGCUAAAAAAGAAUUUAAAAGGGUAAAAGAAUAAUUUAAAAACAUGUUUAAAAAAGAACCAUCUCUGCUGUUCAGAGGCCUGUCAGGCUCCGCCCUGGGCCAGGUGGAAAGAGGCAGGAACAGGGCCCUCAGGUGCUCAGCAGGGGAGUCCAUAUAGGCGUUCAAGGAGAUGAGCAAACUUAACUGCUAAAGUGUUUUCCCUUUGCUGAUCCUUUUUGGAAGAUGCUCCACCCCCUUGUACUGUGCAGAGGCCAGAUUUGUUUCCCUCCAGAUCUGGAAGCCCUUUAGUUUAACGGUUGAGUUCUUCAUAAGUGCUGCCUGACCAUCACCCCACCCCCUUUGAGAUCCCCCUUUCUCCCACUUUAGUUUUACCUAUUGUUUUGGGUGAAAGAGGCUUAUCUCUGGAAUUUGAAGUGUGUGAAAGAUUGGGAAGAGGAAGGAAUUAAUUCCCCCUCUCCCCAACAAAAUAAGAAUCUAGGUAAUUUGCUUGCAAGUAUUGUUUAGUAUGCCUCCUUGUUGACCUUGGAUGCAGCGGUGUAGUUCUGGUGUUUGUCUGUUCCAAUGCUAGUGCUGCUGCUGCUGCUGCUGAACUCAUGUGUCUUUUCCCCCCCUCCCUGGCUGAAUUUCAGCAGUCCUCUCAGCAUGUGAUUGUUGCAGAUCACAGAUGUGUUCCAGCAGAGAAACUGCCUCUAAUUUAAUCCAGAUGCAUGCAUUUUUCUCUCUACCAGCAUGGUUACUCAUAAACCAGUAAAGUGGAAAACUGGCAAUAGAGUAUGCAGUCUGAUCACCCAUCCACCCAUGGGCAGCCUGCCCCAAAUGAGAAAGUGUGUGGAAACUUGUUUCCUUUCCACUAAGCUUCACAGUUUGCUGUCUUGUCCGCUGUACUCUGCAACCUCUAUAAGAGCUCAAGUGGGCUUUGCACAUCAUAUUCAGGGAGCUGGCAUGGAAACCUUUCACAGUGUCCUUUAUGUCCUCUUAUGAUGGGUUUGGAUAUACAGUACAAAGAACAAGGGUUAAGGGUGUAUCCCCUCCCCCCCCUUCUCUCUCUUCUGUGUGUGAUUGUGCAUGGGUGUGCUUACUAUCCUAGAUUAGUAAAAACCAGGUAUGCUUCUAAAAUUUAAGGUUCUCAAAAUGACUUUUUCAUAGGACAGAGAUGGUUGGUCACACAAAAGCAGGUGGCUAGUGGAAAGGGGUUAUGGGGGAGGGGUUGAAGAGUGUGUGAUCCACAUUCCACUCCCUAAGCUCUGGUUCUAGCUGUGCAUUGAAACUGGCCUUAAUUUUUGCAGCCUCCCCUACAUCUUAAUAAGAUGCUCAGAUUAUAGAAAAUCACGAUCAGGUUUGACAACUGUUGCAGUAACAUGUAAACUUUUAACACUCAUCCUAUGUGUUACAACUUUCCAACUUUAUAUUCAAAGCAACUCUCUGGAGGACGCAAUUGUUCUCAUUUUAUAUACUGUUCACAUAAUCUGCCAACAGAGAUGCUGUGGUGUGCCUUUCUGCUUACGUGCCCAAUUCCUAGCACUGACUCCUUUUUAGAAAGUCAAUGGUAACACACUCUAGUCAUCAAACACACUCUAGACCAGAUGUAGGUUUGAAGGUGCUUGGCAAAGUGUUAUCUGUUGCUUCUGGUGGCAAUAGCAUACAGUAGCAUAGUCAUGUUUGACUGGACUUAACCAUCCAGAGAUCCUUUACCUCUACAGUAGCAUUGUGAUCUGUGGCUAUCUGUGAACCAUACACUAUCUUAUUAACCUAUAGAGCCCUGGCAGGGUGGUUCUUAGGCAUUGUGGGUAAUUCAAAUGAUGGCCAGCUCAGAGAUCCAGCUGCCUUUAUGGGGAACCCAAAGCUGGCAUCAGUGCUUGGCUCUGUUGAGCUGCUGGGGCUUCCACAUCUACCCGUGAAUGCUGGGUCCUAAAGCCAGUGUUGAUAGCUGCAGCAGUGUAAGCAGUUUGAGUCACUUUAAGACUAGUGCAUGUGGAUUUCCCUCAUUCUCUCACUAGCAGACCCUGAAAGCAAAUCCAGAUUUGGGAUAUUUUUAAUAUCUUCUUGCUGCUUGUUUGCUGUUACUGUUUUUAUUUAUAUGCCACCAUUCAAUAUAUGCCCAAGGUGAUUUACAUCAAAUUGACAAAAACAUAAUAAUACAAUCCCCUCCCCAAAUUAGCCUAUACUUUUUUUCCAGCAGCUAAAGCAUAAAUUCAUGAUAAGGCAACACACAAAUAACAAAAUAUUAGAUCACUAAAUCUUUUUAAACAAUUCAUUAAAACAUAUAAUACAUCAUGAAUAAAUUUACUAGAUCAUAGCAAUGUGUCAAAAAUGACAACAAAAUAAUAAAAAUCUUCCAACUGUUCAAGGAAUACCAAUCCUAGCUUGUUUGGAACACAUUAAUAUUUCCAAGCUUGGAUUUUAUAGGAAAUAGUGUCAUAGGCUGGACUGAAAGUUUCCAACUUGGAAUUUUAAUUACCCUUGACCAAGCGCCACAAAAGAGAAAAGCUGUUUCCUCAACUCCCUGUAACCUAUUGCCACAGAAAUAGUCUUACAACAGUUUGGAAUCAGACUUGAUAUGCAACAUAUUAAAACAUGAGGUUCCUCUGAUCAAAAUGUGAAUUUCUCUUUCUCCAAAACGUCACUAUUAAAAUGCUGUAGUUUGUAUCCACCAAAAGCACUACAGAAGAUGUUAGGUGGCUUACAAAUACUGGGCCAGCACCUCUGCUUUCAAAGUGCAACUAUGAGAUUUACUAUGCCGUCUGUUAUAGAAUGUUUCAAGAAAGACCACAGAAAGAUACAGAUAAACAUAUGGAAGUUUCAUCAUGGAAACUGAGGUAUUUAUCGCAUAGCCCAUCCCAGUGUUACUAAAUUAGGAAGUCAGUUUUACACAAUAGUUUUCCCCAUCACAUCCAUUAUCAGAAGUAGUAACAGUUUAACACUGAGAGGUAACUUGGGCAGAAGGUUGUAUCAGUCACACAUGUGACUGUGCACACUCAUUCCUCCCCUGUCUGCCUCCCCACAAAUGUAAUGGAAGGAGAGAAAGCUAGCAGUAUAAACAAGACAAUAGAUAUGGACUGUUUCCAGUGGAAUGUUGAAAACCAGUUUGGCAGGGAGGAGGUCCAGAUGGCGCUAGCUUCUGAGAGAACACUUUUCAGUUAAGAGUGGGAAGUGGGGAAAACUAUGUGAAAGGGAGCAGCAGAGCAGGCAGCAUAAAUGUGUCCUAGAGACGGUGUUCCUUCUGUAGAUAUGAGUUACAUUUUCUUCCCAGUGUAUCUCAUUUUCAUCAUGAUGUUUAUCUCUCCAGGCUGUGGUUUUUGCACCUGCGUCAUCUGAUCAAACGGAAACCACUGCAAAUGGUUGUUUGUUCUCUUAAGCAAAGCUUUCUACCCUGUGGGCUUUAAGAAGAGGUACUGCUCCUUUUUUGAAAGGGGUGAUUAAAAAAACUUAUGUCCUAUGAAGGUCUGCAUCUUUUAUGUAAGGAUAGGCCCUACAGGUUCUGACUUCCUACUUUUUCUGUUUUCAUUUGUAAAAGUCAGAGUAUGAUGAAAGACAGUUUGCUUCACUGGGUUUUAACUGCUGUGGUGAAACCAGCAAUGAGAGCUAAACUUCUGAUGUGAUCCUUUUUCUGGUAACAUAUUGAAAUAAUGCUGAAAUCCUAUGCAAACUCAAAACUGUUGUACAGUGGUGCCCCGCAAGACGAAAAACUCGCUAGACGAAAGAGUUUUCCGUUUUUUGAGUCGUUCCGCAAGACGAAUUUCCCUAUGGGCUUGCUUCGCAAGACGAAACGUCUUGCGAGUUCUUGCGAGUUUGUUUCCUUUUUCUUAAAGCCGCUAAGCCGUUAAUAGCCGCUAAGCCGCUAAUAGCCGUGCUUCGCAAGACGAAAAAACAGCAAGACGAAGAGACUCGCGGAACGGAUUAAUUUCGUCUUGCGAGGCACCACUGUAUCUUGUCUGUUGCAUUGGUCUCCCAGUGGCUUCUCAUUCCAUCGUACUUCAUUAGCUUCAACAGUGCUGCAGGCCUGCACUAACAGAUACGCCUAGCCUAGACCAUUCAGUAGGUCUAUCCUAUACACAUUUACAUGGUAGUAACUGCUACUGGGAGGCUCACCUGGCACUUUCAAUACAUAUUUUAGGUGCCAGGUGAAAACAUUCUAUGGGCUUUUGAACGGGGGGGGGGAUUGUUUUGUUUGUUAUGUCACAUAUUUUUGUGUGUCUACUGUAAACCUCUCUGUGAACCUCAGAGGAAGGGGAGUAUAUAAAUUUAUUUAUUUAUUAUUUAUAACAUUUAUAAUACUGAACCCUACUGAAAAUUUAUGCUUUGCAUCUGUGCAUCAUUUUGAGUUCCAUGGUAGCAAGGCAGUACGUAUAUAAAUGUAAUAAUGCUGGGAAAAAAAUCCUUCUCUGUAUCUCCUGCUAUUUAAAAUUAAUAUUGUUACAUUAUGAGGGAGAGUGGGAAUAGAAAGAAGUUUGUCUUUGCUCAUAGCCACUUGUGGCACUAAGAGAGGCCUUCCUCUUUUUAAAGCAACUAUUUCACCUAUCCUCUUCAGUGUUGCUCUAAAAAAAAAAAAAAAAAAAGGUCAGACUAAUUGGUACUAUUAGUCCCUGAGUUCUAAAUACUUCAUCUUAGGGUUGGGAGUGCCAGUCUUAUGUAGAAUGACAUAUUCUCCUUGGACUCUGCUCCUGUUCCUGCAAGCUUGCUAUUUGCCCAUCUGCGUGUCGCAGCCAUAUCACUGUGCCAGCAUUCUGAGCUAAUCUCGAUGUGGUACCAUUCAGCUGGGCCCUGAAUCUCAUGUACUGGCUGGGUUUGAAAGACUGUUCUCGUUAGAUAAAACACUUGUGUUUAUGUUCACAAAAUGAAUCCAGUUUUCGUGAGUGAGGGUGGAGGAAAUGAAAUCUUUUUGUAGUGACUCUUUCUCUUUCCCCAUGCCUUCUCAUGACCAAAGCUCCUCCAUCAAAUUGUGCUCAGAAAAAUAUGUACAGUUAUGACUCAUAUUUUCAGAAGGUUACUUCAGUUCAUUAAACUCUUGAAACAGGAGAACUGGAGGAUAAAGACUAAAGUUUAAGUGAGGCAGUAGUACUUCUCAGUGGAUUUCAGCACCCUGGCAAAGUAGGGUACUUAAUAAAAUGGUAAGUGACAAUGAAAUGCCAUAAAUGACAAUGGAAAUAAAUUAAUAAUUCUUGUGUUCCUCAGCAACUGGUAUUCAGAAGCAUCCUGUCUCCCAACAGUGGAGGCAGAACAUAGCCAUUGCGACCAUUUGCCAUAGAGACCCUUGUUGUUGUUUAGUCGUGUCCGACUCUUCAUGACCCCAUGGACCAGAGCACGCCAGGCACUCCUGUCUUCCACUGCCUCCCACAGUUUGGUCAUGCUGGUAGCUUCGAGAACACUAUCCAACCAUCUCGUCCUCUGUCGUCCCCUUCUCCUUGUGCCCUCCAUCUUUCCCAACAUCAGGGUCUUUUCCAGGGAGUCUUCUCUUCUCAUGAGGUGGCCAAAGUAUUGGAGCCUCAGCUUCACGACCUGUCCUUCCAGUGAGCACUUGGGGCUGAUUUCCUUAAGAAUGGAUAUGUUUGAUCUUCUUGCAGUCCAUGGGACUCUCAAGAGUCUUCUCCAGCACCAUAAUUCAAAAGCAUCAAUUCUUCGGCGAUCAGCCUUCUUUAUGGUCCAGCUCUCACUUCCAUACAUCACUACUGGGAAAACCAUAGCUUUUACUAUAAGGACCUUUGUUGGCAAGGUGAUGUCUCUGCUUACCCUUUAUUCAUUUGUCUAAUCCUCUUUUAAGAACAUAGGAAGAGCCUGCUGGAUCAGCCCAAUGACCCAUCUAGUCCAACAUCCUGUUCUCACAGUGGCUAACCAGAUCCCUGUGGGAAGCCCACGAGCAGGAUUUGGGCAUAAGAGCACUCUCCCCUCCUGCAGUUUCCAGCAACAUUGCUGCCUCCAACCAUAAUAUUUAUUUAUCUAUUUAUCUAUUUAUAUAUACAUACCUCGCCCAUCUGGCUGGGUUUCCCCAGCCAUCAUGACUGGUACCUCCUGAUCGCUUUAUUCUAUGUGGAUUUUUGUAAUCCAUUUUAAAAGCCAUCGUUGUCUCCUGUGGCAGUGAGUUCCACAGUUUAGCUAUGUUCUGUGUGGGGAGGUACUUUCUUUUAUCUGUUCAGAAUCUUCCAGCAUUCAGCUUCAUUGGAGGCCCAUGAGUUCUGCUCUUUUGAGUGAGGGAGGAAAAGUAUUUUCUAUCCACUUUCUCUAUGCCUUGCAUGAUUUUAUGAACUUCUGUCAUGUCACCUCUUACUUGCCGUCUCUCUAAACUAAAAAGCUCCAAAUGCUGCAACCUUUCUUCAUAGGAGAGUCACGCCAUCACCUUUAUCAUUUUAGUUGCCAUUUUCUGAACCAUCUCCAACUCUACAAUUUAUUUUUUUGAGAAUUGUACACAGAACUCCAAAUGCAAUUGCAUCAUAGAUUUGUAUAAUGGCAUUAUGAUAUUGGCAAUUUUAUUUUCAGUUCAUUUCCUAAUGAUCCAUAGCAUGCCCUUUUCACUGUUGCUGCACACUGGGUCAACACUUUAAAGUCAUCCAAUUAGGCGGCCAUCGCUACCUCUUGUGAGAGUGAAUAAUAAUAAUAUCAUAGUUUUUCCUGAAUCUUUCAAAAAUUGUCCUGCUGGAUCACACCAAAAGAUCCAGUCCAGAGAUUUGUUUCCCAGCAAAGGCCAGUCAGAUGCCUUGGGCAGUUACAUAGUCAUCUCCUGCUUUGUAACUUCUCUCUCUCUCUCUCUCUCUCUCUCUCUCUCUCUCUGUGUGUGUGUGUGUGUGUGUGUGUGUGUGUGUGUGUGUGUGUGUGUGUGUGUGUGGUGGUUGGAGAGAGAAAGUAUUCCUGGCAAUUAAGAUUUUAGUUUUAGCCACCAUCACCACAGGCUAAUAAAGCUAUGGUAGACUGAUUCAUUGAAUAUAAUUUAAAUCAUCUAAGUAGCCAUCUAUUGCUAGUAGCCAUCACCAUUCUUGCCGUAACAAAUUAAAUGGCAUGACCCAGUCAAAUAAAGUAUUUUUUAGCCCGAUUGAGCUCACAUGCUUUAACUCUCCCCCAUGAAACUGAUGAAAAGUAAAUCUGGUUGGAUCACUUCCUAAGUAAAUUAAGCAUUGGGUGAAGGAAGUGCUUGAUGCCUGUCCUUUAACUGGGUGACAAAGUUUCAGUGUUGCAUGAGAGUAAAUUACUUUGAACUCUUCAUGAUACUGAUAACUUUUAUAAAUCUUUAUCAUAUUUUCUUUUUAAACUGGGUGAAUUUCAGGUGUUGAUGAACUCCAACUUCCUUAAGCCCCAGCCUGAAUGACCAGUCUUCAGGAAUGAUGAAAGAUGUAGUCAAGCACCAUCUGGACGAUCACAGAUAUUAAAUAUGCAUUAUUAAAACAAUACAUAUGUUAAAUAACUGGCUUACCAUAAUUCAGUACUAUAAUAUUGUAUUGCUCAGUGCACAGAUGCAUAAUCACAACAUCUAUUUAUAAAAUCUAUCUUGUUUGUAAUGCUUCCUCUAGGUUGUUCCCUAGAAUUAAAAAAAAAUAACCCUACCUCCAACAUCAUAGGCGCAAUAUAUAUAUAUAUAUAUAUAUAUAUAUAUAGCGCACCAGGCGCAAUAGAUAGAUAGAUAGUCCUAUUUAUUUAAAGAAAUAGUUUUUAACAAAUCUUAAGAACUUCACAGAUAUGUAUGUAACCAAUUUGUAGUGGUGUGUGUCAUGUUUGCACCCGUAAUUUCUGAAGUGAUUUAAGGUUGAAGAUCCCUAAGUUCUUAAUAUGAGCAAUGCCACUAUAUAUUAAUUGAGUCAGUGAAUGUAGCUUGUCUUUCUAAAUCAUACUCCUUCCAGUCUCUUUGGCAUAUCCUUUUGAGGUGGGGUGACUGGUACUGUACACAACAUUCUGACGGGGUGUAUGCAUCUCAUGGAGCUAUAUGAUGACACAGUGCUGUUUUUAUUCUCAUUCCACUGCCUAAUUAUUAGUGGGUUUCCCUCUUGUGUUUUGUGUGCCAUCACACUGAGCCAACUUAUGGGGAGAGGAGAAGAGGGUAAAAGAAGUUGUUUUCUGACUCCUGCCUUCCACUGGAAUUUCUACCCACCCCACUCCUCAAAUUACUUACUUUGCUUAUUCUGCACCACCAAGUGGCAGUAGUGAUGGAAUUGGAUUCAGGGCUUAACAAGUAUGCAGCAUUACUACUCCUAGGUCUGGGCGAUGUUAGGUUUUCAACAUCGUGAUGUAUCUAUCACCUGUCAAACAGUGUGGUUUGGCGAUAAACUAUGAUGUUGAAAGAAGUUGUAUUGGCCCCAGCCAGCGAAGUGUGGGGUGAAACUGAGUCAGCUCUCAUUAUGGGAGCUGAGGCGCUUUCACCCCAUCGCCUCAUAGGCUGGGGCCAAUGCACUGACCCCACUGCUGCUCAGCUGACCAAGCUGACCACUGCCCCUAGCUGACCGAGCCCUGAAGUCCCUGUUGCUUGUGCAUGAACAGGGACCUCCGGGCUCCUACCAACCCUCCCAGGUGAAGUCCGCAAGGCGGGACUAUCUGAGGUUGCUGGCAAGCUCUGGACCCGGCAGCAGCAUCAGAGAGCCCUUGAACUGCCUGGCUGAGCCCACCAAAGCCACAUGCCAAGGAUGUGGCUGCCUUGGCAGGGGGGCGGAGUCUAAUGGCGCCUAUACCUCUAGGUUGCCUAAUGCAAGCUGGAGGUGAGGUGCGGGCUUUUUAAAGCUACAGGGCUACCCCUACCUGUGAUUCCCAGCAGCUGGUAUUCAGAUGCAGAACAUGACUUGAUGGUGAUGGUGUUCUUGUUUCUUUGUGGACUUGAUAGCACCUGGUAGUGUUGCUUGAUGGGACAAGUCCAUACAUGUUGGGGUGUAAACGUAUUGUUUAAUCAGGGCUAUUUUUAUAGCUCUUAUAUAAUGCAGAUUAUGUUGUCAUUUCUUGUAUUGAGCUUAAAGGUGGUGUAACUUUGGAGAUAAAAAGCAAGGCUAAAGUUCACUGCAGGACUGAAUUUAGGCUUAUAUUAUUCGUGCAUAGCUCUCUUAGGCUUCAGUUUAUUUGCAGAUCCGAAGGGUGAAUUGGAAACUGUAUCUAAAAUGAAGAUACUAGUAAAGCUACCAGCUCUGGACUGCCUCUUUUUUCACUGGAGAGGUUUUUACUCUCUGUUUUAGUAAAUCUGCCAAGUGAAAAUGAAUUGCGCCUCACCAUGCCUAUAAAAAGCAAAAUAAAAAUGGAACCAAUAUGUUAGUUCAGAAUCUGAGGUCUGGAAACAAAUUUUUAAAGGAGCAUGGGAGGAGAGAGUAGAGUAAUAUAUAUCUGAUAGUAAUAUGCCCAGAAAGAAUUCUGAAUCAUGUUUCUCCAAGCCAGGGCCCCAAAAAGUUGAUCUUGUAACCAGGUUUAACACCUCUAUGGCCUCAUUUGCAUGUCAUUUUGACUAUUAACCUUAACUAUGGUUAAACCACAGAACCUAGGACUUGCCGCUCAGAAGGUUGGUGGUUCGAAUCCCCGUGACAGGGUGAGCUCCCGUUGCUCGGUCCCUGCUCCUGCCAACCUAGCAGUUCGAAAGCACGUCAAAGUGCAAGUAGAUAAAUAGGUACCGCUCCAGCGGGAAGGUAAACGGCGUUUCCGUGCGCUGCUCUGGUUCGCCAGAAGCGGCUUAGUCAUGCUGGCCACAUGACCCGGAAGCUGUAUGCCGGUUCCCUCGACCAAUAAAGUGAGAUGAGCGCCGCAACCCCAGAGUCAGCCACGACUGGACCUAAUGGUCAGGGGUCCCUUUACCUUUACUAUGAUUCAGAGGUGAAUGUGCAGCAUGGUGAUGCACAGGGCUGAAAAGGCGGGUGCAUUGGUCCUCCCCUUCUCUUCCAGGCAUUAUGUCUAAACUUGGGCUCAUUGGUUUAUAAAUCUCCACAAGCUAUAACCAAAGUUUAUUCUUGGUGUCUUGCUUGUGGUUUGUUAGGGGAUGUAGACUAAGCCACAUCAUGGCUUCCUUCCUUCUGUGCUUUUGGGAGCUAGGGAAAAGCCAAUCAAGUCGCUGUGCACCAGCACUCUGCACUUCCAUCUUAAACCAUAGUGAAAUUUGGCUGGUUUAUAGUGAUAUGUGAACCAGGCCUGUCUCCAUCCAGACAUAGUCAUCCAGAUGCUCCUAGGUAGCUUGUAAGCAUAGCUGUCCCCGGUACUGGACAGUGGAGAGCAUUUAAACUUGAAUGGUUUUAACUUCCCCUCUACCCCACCUUUUGCUGUCCUCAGUCACUUAAACAGUAAGUCAGUUUCUGAGUUGAGCUUCCAACAGUAGCCCUUUGCUUCUCAGGAAAAUAUUAAUACUAGAAGUCAGAUUCCAAUAUCCAGAAUGACCUUUCCUACCACAAAACAUGUGCCUGUAAGUUUUCCAUCAACUGAUCUUAAAACCUAUCACUUCUUUUCCCCACCACUUCGUUCUGUUAUCCAAUUUGCCAAAUAAAAUUGAGUUCACAUGUCUCCAUUUCAGUGCUAGCACUAGUCCUAGAAUGCAUAACAAGAUGAUCUCAUGAUUACUGUUUAUCACUUGUCACUCAUUCUUUUUCAUGAAGAGAUUAGACAGAAAAGAGACACUUGUUUUGUAUCCAUACGUUUGUUUUAUAAAGUAGUUGCCAACCUAUAUUUAUGGUGUGAGUAAUCUUCAAGGGGAUUGUAGCCGUUCUCAAAAUCCAAAAUAACAACCCGCGAUCUUGUGUGUGCACUCAGUUUUUCUGCAUUGUUAAUAGUGUGUCACCAUUGACGGAAAAAGAAUUGUACUUAUUCUGUUGAUUUGCUCAACCAGUUGUUCUUGACUGACGUACCUCAGUUUUAUCUGCUUUUUAAGUACAUGUGCUCCUAUUUAAAUGUCUAAAGGUAACUCUUUGAAAUGAGAACAUAGGUUAGCUAUUUACAUGAAACCAACCAACCAAAAGGCAAUAAAGCCCCACCCUUUUCACUUGCUUAACCUCAGCCACCCAAAGUUAAGUGCAGAUUGUAUCUUAAAUACCUAAUAGUUCUGAAUGAUGUCUGGCCUUUGGUAACUCAUUGGAAAGGCUGUUCACUGUUGUGGGCUAUAAAUGCAAUUUUAAAAGGGAAAGAAGUAUUCUUUGAAGGUCCCUCACAUUUCCUGCAAGGGCUCAAGGUGGCAUACAUGGUUCUCUCAUCUCCAUUUUAUCCUCUCUAUAGCACUAUAAGGUAACCUAGGCUGAGAGACUGUGACUAUUCCAGGGUCCUUGCCUUCCAAUAAUUGAUACGGGGAUAGACUCAAAAGGGUGGUAUCAGUGUUCAAAAUUAGGCAGGCAUCAGGCACACUUUGUCACUGGUGCAGAUCCAAUUGUGACUCCGUGGAGAUCUUUAGACUCCAGGUUGGCGACUGGGAAAAGCAAAAUUGUCACUUGGAGAAGGAUCUGAAAUAUUUUCCCUGAAGCUUGAAUUAGUUUUAUUCUGGAUUUUUUUAUUUGAUGUUGUUAUUUGAUGUUGUUGUUGCUGAUGAUAUUGUAAACCACUUUGAGAUUUGUUCUUUAAAACAUAAAGCGUUAUAGAAAUGGAAUGAACAACAACAAUUACAAUAAUAAAUCCCAUUGGGGGGGAAUGGUGCCUAGAUGUUCCACUGUGGCAAGAUGUUCCACUGUGGCAACUGUAACCUAGGUUUAAUGUGCCAUUUGAUGAUUAGGUUACAUAAUAAUACCACUGGGUAGUAUUCCUGGUCGGCCUGGGAAUCCAUAGUGGAUAAUAUUGUGCCCAGACUUCUGGAAUUUUAUUGACAAACUUGAAUUGUGCCUAAAAAGCUGCAGGUAGCCAUAGUAAAUGCAUUGUUCCUAACUCUCCAACUUACAGUGGUGCCUCGCAAGACAAAAUUAAUCCGUUCCGCGAGUCUCUUCGUCUUGCGGUUUUUUCGUCUUGCGAAGCACGGCUAUUAACGGCUUAGCGGCUAUUAACGGCUUAGCGGCUUUAAGAAAAAGGAAACAAACUCGCAAGAACUCGUCUUGCGAAGCAAGCCCAUAGGGAAAUUCGUCUUGCGGAACGACUCAAAAAACGCAAAACCCUUUCGUCUAGCGAGUUUUUUGUCUUGCGAGGCAUUCGUCUUGCGGGGCACCACUGUACCAUGAUUUUAACUGAUGUCCCAGCUGAGUUCUGUACUGUAGCACGGGGUGAGAAUCUUCUGGCCCACCAGACUCUCCCCAGGCCAUGCUCCUCACCCUUCCUGGUUCCACUGAUAGCCAGUCAGGCUGGUGCAGCAAAGCCAGGUGUCACUGCUUUGGCAUCUCAAUUGCCUCCAUACUGGUGAAAGUAGGUAAGACAGGUGUUUGGUUUUUUUAAAGAAUUUAAGGAUCAAACCAAAGGCUCAUCUAAUCCAGGAUCCUGUUUCUCACAGUAGCCAACCAGAUACCCCUAGGGAGCCCACAAGCUGGAGCAGAGGACCAUAGCCCUCUCCCCACCUGCUGUCCCAUGGCAACUGCUACUCAGAGGAUUGCUGCUUCUGUUAUUGGAGGCAGUAUAUAGCCACCAUGUUGAGUAGUAAUUGAUAGCUUUUCUGUAGGGUUAUUUGCAAAUCUGUGUUGUUUGCAUUUGUAUUGUUGAAAGUUCUGGGUGCGUUUUUUAGUAACAGAGCAUUGCCUGCCCAGUUAUUGCUUUGCUUCUGUCAAGGGCCAUCUGUCUCUUCGAGCUGCAGCAUGAGCUCACUUUGUGACCCUUGUGAUAUUUUUCUCUGGCAAGCAUCCCUGGCCUCUGACCAAAAGCAAUCCAUGUUCUUUCUGUAGAUGUGGCAGAAAGACUCUGGAGUUGGAACUGCCCACCCGCUCUGAUUGUACUGGUGCAUCAGCACUCCUUUGCAGCAGUUGAUCAUAACUCAUAAUCUAUUAACCUCUCUAAUGCCUUACUUUAGCUCCUGCAGUCUUUAUCUCUCAUUUCACCAACUUCCUUUCCCCCCUUCUUUUUGAUGUGUCAUUUCAAGCCUUUUAAGCAUCUCUGUGGUAGCUCACUGCUAUUUUGAAUUGCAAUUUAUAUUUCCUUAGUUGUGAAGAUAAAAAUAUACUUUCUGGGGCAAGCAGUAAUUAACUAGUAUGUGGUUGCAGACCCUGUCGGAUAGUCUUUUAACAGCUGGAAAAGACUGCUUUGAAUUUGUAGAAGCAAGGUAUGCAUGACCUAUGCAUCACACAAAGAAAAUACUGUUUUAGAAUAAAGCUAUAACAGUAGCAAACCAUUUGUAUUUCAAAUAUAAUCUGUUCUUACUCAUUCCCUACCCUCUGUGAACAUAACAUGCUUAACUAGUGUCUUAUCCAUCCAGUGAUAUGUUAGCAGGCGUUGGGUAUGUUUGGAUAUAGCAUGAAGCCAUUAACCAGAGUUAACGAAAUUGGCUGAUGAAUGCAGUCCAAGCCUUCCUGCUUCACUCCUUAUUCUGGUGGAGAAACAACCCAUUUGUGUGUGAACCAAACCAUUUGUUACUCUCCAAAAAGUGAUCUGAAGCUAAGGCUUGUGCUUGGUUUCACAGUCAGGUUAGUUUGGGAGGAAGGAACUGUGAGCAAUGGUUUACACAUAGCCAGCUGCUCCAUGGUUUGUUUUCCUGCUUAAGUAAGGAAGGAAGGAAGGAAGCAGGGAAUGUUCAGGCUCCAGCUUGUACACAGGCUAAUUUAUUUAAUUACUGUUCAUGGAUUUGUGCUGCAUUUGAAUGUGGCAAUCUUUCUGUUUCCAGCAAUUUUUUUUACUGAGAAACAUAGUUCAAUGGGAACUUCAGUGCAUUUUAGCUGUGUAUUCUAGCUUUGCUUUGAAGUUUGGUUUUUACUUUUCCCAGCGUGAAACGGCAGUCUCAUCUCUUUUAGGCUGCUUUUCCACUUAAUCGUUUCUGUAUUUUAAAAGAACUUGCCUUUUAUGCACAGCAUUUAUUCCAUAUCAGCUAAAUCGGCAAUCUUAUCUUCAUUUGCUUUGUAAUCCUGUAAAAAAUUGUGUCCAGACAUAUCAUUGUGUGAACAUAACCUAGGUUCAAGGUGCCAUUUGACUCCUAGCUUUUGUUACUAACCCUUCUAGAGAUUGAAGUUAUUCAUGUGGAAAGAUGGCUGCUUAAGCCUAGUAAACCCCCAGAACUGUUGCCAGACCUAAUGUAAGUGUCCACUUCUAUGCCCUUUAAUCACUUGUUAAUUAAAUCUAGGAAAAUGACAGUAGGACCUCCAUAGUUAAAGCUACAGUCCAUAAAGUAUUUCAGGGCAUAAUUCAAGAUUCCUCCAAGUCCAAAGGCCCCCAAAACUUCAAUCUCCUCCAGGCCCGAGUCCAUGUCCCAAAAGUCAGGUAAUCCCUGCAUAGAGGGCUCUUUCCAAUUUUCCUUCUUUAAUCCAAGCCGGGAUCCAUUCCUCAGAGUCUGACUUUUCCUAGAUUCAAUGAUAAAAGGCCUCAACUUAUAGUCCUCAAUUUGCUUCUGUAAAGCCACAGAUCUCACUUGUAUUAUUUUAUGUUCAACAACAGCAGCAUUCUCCUUCUUCUUCUCCUCCACCAUUUGUCCUGCCAAAAUGGGUUCCUGUACCAAGUCCUGAAUUAUUUCUGUGUUGGUGUUCGCUUUUUGACUCAAAUUGGUCACUUUCUGUUCCAAAUUAUCAACUUUGAAAGUCAUGUCAUCCAUCUUCUUGUGAAGCUGUCCCAGCGAACAGCUUAUCUUACAUAAAACAGUCACAAUGGCCUCUCCUGUCAACAUUUUUAAAUGGUCCAAGGACACUCUUUGGUUCUCAGAAUCCUUAUCUGCAGCUGGAAAUCCCCCAGUUACACUCCUGUUACAGUUUCAAAAGCUCCCUCUAGAGGGAAACAGUCUCCACUUGUAUCAGUUCUUUCAGGCGCAAUUCAAGCAUUAAAGAUAAAUUUUCAGUUACUUUUCCUCUUUUUUAAACGCAGAAAAGGACAAUGGAAACAGUAUCUUACUCUUAUUUAGCUAGCUGUCAAAUCCGUUCUGUCAAAUGUACUCUCUCCAAACGUCAUCUGGCACCCGUUCCCAGGUUCAGAGCAGUGGUAAUUUGAUUUUUCACUCUCUCCUGCAGGCUCACUAGAUCCAAAAUUUCCCCCCUCUUCUCCUGCUUCCAAGGGGGGUUUUGUAUUUUAAACCGGUGGAAAUUUAAUCCUUUGCCAAGAGCUUUCAAAGGCUUUAACUUGUAACGUCUUUGCUUCAGUCUAUUUACAAAAACGGGAGGCGGACUUCCUGUUUAUAACCUUCCCGUUUCAGUGCCGAAUUAAAGUAUUUAAGAAUCCAAUUUUCCGUUUUACUCACGAGUAGUUGUUUAAAAUCCAAUUGUCCACAGGAAAAAAUCAGCGCUCUCCAGCAACAGCAAUGCGGCUUCACUCCAUGAAAAAAGCAGUCGAUUCAAAGCACCGCGCCACUCACCCCACGUCGCUCCGGAUCCUCAAAACAGGGUUUCCCCGCGAGUAGGGGAGGCGCAAAAGGUGCCAGCCGAAUCCCAGGUUCACAAGCUUCUCCCGCUUGUGAUUUCAGUGGGUCUUCACCUUCACCGUGGCGGUCAGACCCUGUUUUUCACGGAGCAAGUUCCUCCCGAACGGAGGAGCUCCGCCAUUGCCGGAGGCGCCAACCCGGAAGUCCACCACUUUGAUUCUAAAUGGUGUCCAAUAGUAUUCACAUGUAGGCAGAAACCUUAUUGAAUCUUUGGAAUCAUCAUGCAAAAUUUGCAUAGUGAACAAGCAACAACUUUCCAAAAUAAAUAGCAGAUGUUUAGCAUUCCAUAUAGCCUUGUCAUGAUAUCUGAAUAAGAUAGGUAAGCAUAGGACUAUAGAAGAAUGAGAUGGAGAUAGCUUGUAGUUGUGUGGGUUAUAAAAGCAUGAGUGGGUAGGAGGAUGUGGUAACUCAUUUGCGUGACCUUCAAUAAAUGCUCACUGUGGAACAUCUGAGUUGUUUGCAUUAACAACUGAAUUUAAGAUUUGUAUUGAUAACAAAGUUUUACAUCAUCAGUGUCUGAGCCAUACUCUUUCCAUUUUAGAAAAGGCUCCCCCCUUCUUUUUUGCUUGGAUAAUUACUUCAGUGUUCUGGGAAAGAAACAGCAUGUAGAGAAUGAAAACAGCUGAAUGUUCAUCUGUUAAGUUUGGCUGUUUGUCUUGGAUGACGUGAGUGAAGUCACGAACAAAUGACUUUCUAGCAUUGACUGGCUGUGUCAAAGGUACGUCUUGCAGUCCAAGACAAAAUGCUGUUGAUUCAGAGCCCUUCCUAUUGUGUUCUGGGAUUUUCAAUAAGUUGGAUCUUAUUUAUUUAUUUAUUAAAUUUGUCUACUGCCCUUCAUCCAAAGAUCACAGGAUGGUUCACUGGCCAGUCUUUGAAACCCAGAUACAGUAUAUAAGCUAGGCACCAAAUGCCUCCUUAAACUAGGGUUAUAGGCAUCAAAACGGAAUGUCUAGUUACCAUUUGGGGGCCAGACAGCCUGAAAGUCAUAUAUUUCAAUAUGACUUUUGGAUACAUGAAAUUAAUUCUGAUUGUGCAGAUAAAAUAUCACAAAAUUCUGCAGGGUGUGUUGUUAGAAAACAAGCAAGAUCCUAGGAUCCCCAGGCAUGCAGCUCCAGAUGGUGGAGACAUCAGGUGCCAUCCUGGUGCCUAGGCAUCUUCACUUGGUCACAAGUGGCCAAUAGCCAGGUGCAAAAUGUGCCUGGUGCCUGACAAAUUUUGAAUGCUGCCACUGGCUCAUACAUGGGCAGUGGCAUGGGCGAGACUGCCCUGAUUGACUGACUGAAGUGUUUCCUUUCCAUCUGCUCUUUUUGAUGUGCUGAGGAGCACAUCAAAUAUUACACAUAUUGCAAACAAACUGUGAAGAAGCUCUUUCACACAGUUAAAUGUAUUGCUUCUCUCAUGUGGGCAGGGAUUAGGAAGGGAGAUCUGACUGAUUAGCAGGUAGAAACAUGGUGUGGUUUCAAACAAAUGGAUUGCUUCUCGCGAGGAACAAGGAGCAGGAGGGGAGAUUUGGUUGAUUUUUCUGGAGAAAGUUGCUUUGGAGAAACAGAACUGCAAACAGUGGCAGAGCCUGGGGUGGCAUUCCACAUUGUUGGUGUUACCAUCAAAAAGGUCCUGUCUCUGACAUGCCCACUUGCUGCACCUAGAAUGGUAAGAGGACAAAAGAGUAGAUGGUUCUCUAGAUAACCUAACCCCAGCCUGAUGGCUUAAGUAGGAGAGUCAUGCCAUCAUGAGGUCCAGCAAUAUGCUUUUUACUUCAUAGACAAACAUAUUUUAGCUGAUGGUGCUAAUAUUAGGAAAGCCUUUCACUAGGAUGAAAGUGUCCAGCAAAGGUGCCCAUUGUUGGGUUACAUUAAGUAGGGGUGCCAUAUUUUGAAGAGCAAAAAAGAGGACACAUUUGCCGACUUCUACUUUUAACUAUGGAUCACUAUGACUACUCUCAUUUUACAUUCCCUUGAAAAGGUAGAUGUGUCCUGGAAAAAGAGGACAUUUGGCAACCCUAUUAAGAAACUGGCUAAACUCUUCUAGUUAACCAAGUUGCAAAGUAAGGAAGUUAGUACAAACUUGAAAAAUGGCUGCUGCUACUAUUUUUUCUUAACUUUUUUUACAAUGGGACAUAAGAAGAGAUUUGCUGCAUCAGAACAAAGGCCUAUCUAGUCCAGCAUCCUGUUCUCACAGUAGCCAACCAGAAGUCCAUGGGAAGCCCACAAGCCGGACUUAAGCACAGCAGCACUCUCCGCACCUUAGAUUCCCAGCAACUGCUACUCAGAGGCAUACAGCCUCCAAUAUUGGAUUUUUAGGAUUGGCUGGGGGAAUGACUUAUUUUAAUCAGAUAGGUUGGCUUGUCCUACUGAUAAAGAACAGGUAGCGUGACAUGGCCUUGGUGCUUAACUGGGGCAUCCUCAAACAAAGUGGUGAGCCAACAUGCCACGCAGAGCCAUCUGGUGCAAUAGCACAAGCGGAUUAGUGCUGCUUUUGAGGGUUUGACCCAGAUUUAUAUCUUAGUGAUAAAAGUUUUAAUCAAGCAGAAAUCGCAAAAGCACGAUGACCCCUGAAAAUGAGAAGUAAACAAAGCUAUUUAUCUGAAUAAAUGCUAGCUUUUAUGCUGUGGGAGAGCUGCCAUUGCUGCUGCUAUACUUUUUUCUCUUUCCCCCAUAGUCUUUCAUUGCAACCUGAGAUCCCUUUUUGUACCUAGUGCUGAGGAUGAAAUGUGAAAUACGUGUGUGUCACAUAUGUCUAUUCAGCAGAAUGUAAGUUGAGUUGUUAAUGUGCAUAAUGAUUGGCCAUGUGCACAUUCACCUGGUCUCAUGUAGAGUGUGCACGUAAUCUAUCCACUAAGAGAGAAUUGUGCACUUUUCUCGGUCAGUAUGCAUAAUGUCCAACAGACUUUGGGGAAUGUGCAUAUUUCAUCUGAAUUGUGUAUAUUCUCUGGCCAUGCAUAAUCUCUAAUAGGCCUUGGGGAAUAUGCAUAUGUGAACUGCAUUUUGUACAAUCUCCUGUCAGUUUUUUUCUUCAUUAUACCGUACAUCCUGGAUAAAUUUGAGGAACUUGGAAGAAGUUUGUUCUGCCCCAUUACUUAAGGAUCUGUAAAUGGGGAUACCUAAAUCUGACCUUUGUGUGUCAUUAAAAUACUUGGGCUUUUCCACUUCUGUUUUUCAGCGUAAUUCUUAAGGAAGUACUUGCACAAAAUUAGCUGUCCUGGAAACUGAAUCUGUUUGUAACUGCAGGAACUUAAAAAAAGCAAAAAUGGCAUUUUCUUUCCAAGAAUAUAUGAACAUUUAGUGUCAAUAAGUAAAAUGGAACCAUGAUAAUAGCCUUGUAUUUAAGCACCAGCCUGGUAGCCUGAGCCAGAAAGUUGCCUGCAGGCAAGUGAAUGGUGCUAGAAGAGAGACAGAACACUUUGGCCUUCCUCUGUGCCCCUCAUAGAAAUUUCCAGGGUGCAGUGGUAGGCUUUUGGAUAUUUUACUUCUUUUCUGAAGGAUAAGAAUAUGAAUGAAAUGUAAAUAUUUUGAUCUGGCAGAAAUAGAAUAAUAAUAAUAAUAAUAAUAAUAAUAAUAAUAAUAAUAAUGUUUGUUUCUAGAGGUAUUAAUGAUAUUAGAUAGACACUUGCAAGCCCAGUGGUGAUCUGGCACUAAUGGCCAGUCAUUGGUCUAACUUAUUCCCACCCCACCCUCUCACUCACAGGGCAUUGUUUUCAAAUUGGAUGCAUCUAUUUCUGGCACCUGAUUUAGGGUGAAGCUGGGGUUGCCCUGUAAUCUUGGUUGUGAAAUGUUGUUACUUUCCUCUUGUCUUUGUGCUUUGCUUCUGGCACCUUGUUGGCUUCAUUCUGUGUGCAUGCUCCCUCUCUAAUUGUACCCUUUGUGAUUAUACACACAUUUUUCUUGGUCUCAUCCAGGUCAGCUGUUAAAUUAUGCUCCCUGUAAUUUCCUUCACUUUAAAGACUUAAGCUGAGCAGGCAGAAAAUAUACCCCCCAUAACCCAAGCUUUAUUGAAGUUUAUUUCUAGAAUUCUACCGCAGCACACCUCCCACCACCAAUAAUAUAUAGAGAAUGUAUUAGAGUGACGCAAACUUUUGACGCACAUUACAGCAAUGUUCAGGUUAUCCCAUAAUUUAGUUGACUUUAUUAUAUUUCUAUCCCAAGGAGCUCAAGGUGGCAUAAAGUACUCUCUUCUCCCUCCCCCUCCUUAAUUUAACCUCUCAACAACCAUAUGAGGUAGAUUAGCCUGACAGACUGUGGCCGGUCCAUAGUCACCCAGGGAGCUUUGUGGCUAAGUGGGAGUUCAGACCUGAGUCUAUGGUCCGAAUCAGUAAGGCCAAAAAAUCACAAGGAAGGCCUCACUGAAUGGCUGAUACUGUUUACCGCCAUUUUGUAACUUUUUUUUAAAGUCCUAAUAAAGGUAUUGUACUGUGUUGGCUUUGGGAUGAUCUGCUGACUGUAAUAAAUGGAUAAUGAUGACAAUGGCAAUAAUAAAUGUGCGUGGGCUAGUAUGUCAUUUUGUGAGCUUGUUACUUUUCCGGGUGUAUUCGCAAACCUAAACAUUGAAAAAAGUCCCUUUAGCCAUAAUCAAAUGUUGGAAAGCAAAGAACAAGCAGUGGAUAAAGCUCCCUCUUCCUACCAGCCAACAACUGAUUCUGUUUCUGUUCACUUGCACUGUGCCUAAGGGUAAAAAGGGAUGAGGGAGAGACAGCCACAUUUAAUUAUUAGUGGGGGGAGAGAGCUGCAUUUAAUUAUUGAAGCACAAUCUUAUCUAAUGUCUUCUUGGUACUAUCUCCCCCACUCCACUCCUUUUUCUUCUGUGCUUGAAAAUUUCUAUCCGGUAGCUAGAGAAGUAUUCCACUAAUCUCAGUGCUGUUAUUUUUUUCUUCUUCUUCUUAUCCCCUCCAAAUUACACUUUGAACUGUUAAUUGUCUUCAGAGCUGUGGGCAGGCCCACAAAUUGAUCAGACAAACCUUCCUGAUUCAUAAAAGUACACCCUCUCAUUCAGAGGGAAACUCACACUGUCUGACUUGUACACAUUCACAGUUGUGUUUAUUCUCACUGAAAAGGGAGCUGGCCAAUUCUACCUAUUUUCCCACUACCCUUGAUGAUUUACCCCAGAGAAGAAAUGAAAACCUGAACCUUUUCACUGCAACAUGGCCCCCUCCUCCCAGUCUAUUGUCAGCCUUAAUGUUUCUGUUGGUUUGCCAUAAAGCCAAGGCCUGCACCAGCCAGGUUGUUCUUCUUAUCUGUUUCUGCCUGAGCCAUUUAUUUUGUCAAGUAUCCUGUCACCAGGGCCAUUUCCCACAUUUCCCCCCUGUAAAGCAUGCAUUUCUGGUUUGGGUUGAUGGAGGCAACAGGCCAGUAAAAAAGAGUGUCUCCAAACUGGGCCAAAAGGCAGAGUAAAUUCAGCUGAAAGUAGGGUACUGUUCUCCAUGUGUUCAUUUGAGAUUUGGGAUUGCAGUGGUACCUCGGGUUAAGUACUUAAUUCGUUCUGGAGGUCCAUUCUUAACCUGAAACUGUUCUUAACCUGAAGCACCACUUUAGCUAAUGGGGCCUCCUGCUUCCGUUGCGCCGCCGGAGCACGAUUUUUGUUCUCAUCCUGAAGCAAAGUUCUUAACCCGAGGUACUAUUUCUGGGUUAGCGUAUGUAACCCAAGGUACCACUGUAUUAAACAUUUAUUAUGCCACUGAGGAAAACAGUAUGUCUGGGGUGGGCAAACUUGUUUUCUGUCAAAGCACUACAUUCACCAUUCUAGGGGGCAGGGAUUGUAAGCAGGGCCAAAACUGAGAGUGUGUGACCCUGCCCUUUUUCCUCCAUCUCUUCCCUGCUGUGUGGCCUGGAUACUUCUAAUUUUUCUUAAAUCAAAUUUGUUUCUUUCUCCCCCCAUUCCCAACUUGUCUUUGAGGUUUAGAUUUUGAGUUUGAUUCCUCUUUGUAUUAUUAUUAUUAUUAUUAUUAUUAUUGACCUGCCCUUCACUGUAAUGUCCCAGGGCAGGUUACAGCAGUUACAAUGCAAACCGCUUCCUGAUUUCUCCUAGUCCAUUUCUUCUCCCCGCCCCCAAUUUUUUUUAAAAAAUUAAAUUUACUUUGUUUUAAUUGAAUUUAAUUUGCUGCUCAUUUACUCUGAGCUGCUUCACAAAGUAUCCUACCCUUUUAUAUUCUGCACUUGUGUAGUAUCUUGGGGCAAAUGAUUGAGUUAUUUAAUGUUGAUUGUUUUAUUACUAGUUACAUUUUAAUCCGUCCUUCCUUUGAGGACCUCAGAGCAAUGUACAUGACAGAUUCCCCCCACCCUCCUUUAUCUUCACAAUGACGCUGUGAUGAUAGCUAAAAGAGGGUGAUUGGUACCAGAGUAACUAGUUGGGUAAAAAUGGCUUUCCCAGGGUGUGGUAUGGGGUUCAAUGUUAUGCUGACUGUUAAGGAAUACAAAAUCAGGGUGUGUAGGAUAACCACUACACCUGCUUUUCACUAUCUAAAGCAGGGUGAUAUGUGGACAGUGGAGGUAUGUGUUAGACAGUGGAUCUUAUAGCUAAACAGAUUUGUUCAUGUAACUUACUGAUAUCACUACCUGCGAUCAGGGCUGCCAACUUUAAUAAAAUAUUGGCGGGGGGGAGGGGAGUAAGUCUUGCCCUACCUAACUGAUUACAUGAUGCAGUGCACGGACACUACUUGAAUGGCAAUGCACAUCGGCUUUGGGGGGCCCCGGCCCCCUCAAAUGUUUUAUUGAGGCGGUGAAGAGCCCUCAUCUCCUAGGAAUUGGCUCCCAUGCCUGUGAUAGAAAAGUGGAGUGAGUGAAUGUGUGUGUGUACUUAAACCUCCCCCCCAUACAAGCAGGGAUCAAGACCUGAAGGUAGAGGGCAAAUUUAGGCUCAUUGACUACAGUUGAAGGGAUCCUGCAGGAGAAGAUUAGCCUUCCUGUGUCCAGUUUUCUUCCUGCAAAGAACCUGUUAAGCUACAGGGCUGCGGGAGGGCUGCCGUGUGUGUGUGUGUGUGUGUGUGUGUGUGUGUGUGUGUGUGUGGAGUGUGCUUCUUUCAGUAGCCCGCCCUUCAUUCAUGACAUGUUCAUCCCACCUGACCCCCACAUGUGCUUCAGCUUUUAGGCUUGUUCUCUCUCUCUCUCUCUCUCUCUCUGUGUGUGUGUGUGUGUGUGUCGUGCAGACAAAUGUGCUCCCAAAGUAAAUGUAGAUUGAGCUCAAGGGACACAAUGGGUAAGAGGUAAUGUUUUCUCUCUUUUUCUGGGUUUGAAGUCUACAGCCAAGAUAGCUUAGUUCUGGAAUCUGUUCAAAGUGGUUUGAAUUCAACAUUGCCUCUUUUUGUUUUCUUUAUAGAGAAGAAGUUCAGGAGAACUGUGUUCACUGGAAGAAGAAAUUUACCUUUGUCUGUAAAAUGAGUGCCAAUCCUGCCACUGGCCUCCUGGACCCCUGCAUCUGCCGUGUGUCUGUCCGCAAGGUGAGUAUCCCUCAUUGACUCUACCCCUGUUUGGUUUAUGACCUAGAACUAUGGCUUUAAGUGGGGAAUACAGUCUCCAGCAAUAAUUCCUUUUUUAAAUAGUUUUUGUAGUUGUUGUUCUCUCUGUUUAGCUAAGAAUAUGAUUUCCCUCUAUCACCACCCCCAACUUUCCCCUGAACUGUAUGAACCUAUAUGUAUAAAAAUCCAAAUUCCCCUGAGUUUCCCCCACAAUUGUAACUUGCUUACCAACCCCACUCCUUGUACAGAAGGCCACAAACUGCUAUUUGUGGCAGAAUUUUUGGAUAAAAUGCAUUAUUUCUUGGGUUCCUAUUCCUGAAGGGAGGAUGUAGAGAAUGCAUUGGAACUACAUUGGCUCCCUAUUCAUUACCAUGCCCAAUUCAAGGUCCUGGUGCUUGCUUUUAAAAGUCUUAAAUGGCUUGGGGCUCAAAUAUCUACAGGAGCACCUCCUAUGCAGUAAGGUCAUCGGAGAGGGUCUUUCUCUAUGUGCAGUUUUUAGAAGUACAUCAAGUAUGUGGAAAAGAAAGAGCUGCUCCUGUGGUGGUUCUCUGACUCUGGAAUGCCCUCCUAGUGUAGGUAGGUCUGGUGCUGACACUGUAUUUUGUUUUUUGAUCCCAGUUUAAAACCUUUUUAUUUUCCCAUGAAUUUUAGAUAAUGGUAUAGUAGCAGCCUUGUACCUGACAUUGCUCAGGAAUUCUAAGAAACAAAAACAGUGCAGUUUUGAAAGGUUGUCUGCCAUCUUGAUUCAAAAUGGCGUCCAGUUGCUUUCAACCAUAGAUGAAAACUUGCUCCUUUAUCUCAGAAACCAUAAUACAGAAUUAUUAAGGGGUGUCCAAAUGCAUAGCAAGCAGGCAAACAACUUUCCAAUACAUUUAGCAGAUUUAGUUAGUCUAAAGGUUUUAUUCCUUUUACAUUUUUGUGUGUGUCGUUGGUUGGUUUUAGAAUGUCUUUUAGAUAAAAGGUUUAUACAUUUUAAAAGUAAAUACAGUAUAAUAAAACCAGGUAACUUAGAGGUGUCUGAUUAACACCCCCGCCCCACAAACACACGUAAUACAUGUCAGUCCUAAGUGGUUGCUGCUUGACUAGCCCUAAAUGUACCUCAUUUUUAACAGAGAAGCUAAUGCACCCAAUUUAAAUAGCUAGGAAAGCAGCAAUUGUUUCAAGCAGUGGAUGAAUGGUUAGUACUGCAUAUUCCUUUCAUUGCACUGAAAGGUAUUUUCACCAUGUACAGUCACUACACUCAGGCAAGGAGAGGGAUGCCUUUGCUAUAAUUACUGUAAUGAAACUCUUCUGUCCUCUUUUUGUUUUCUCAUUACAGGAACUGAAGGGAGGGAAAACUUAUUCCAAGGUAAGAUGGAUUAUGAGCAGUGAAAAAACAAACUUUACAUCAUCUCUUUGUAAUUGUAGAAUAAUGAGCUUUUGAGCAUACAAAACACUUUGAAUGCAUUCUUGGCAAUCUUUACAACAGCCCUGUAAGGUAGUUUAGUAUUAUCCCCUUAAUGCAGAUGGGGAACUGAACCAGGGAGAGGAUGGCCAAUGAUGCUGUCUUACAGAGUCUGGCAAAAUAGUUCUGGGAAACUCAGAGAUGUGGGUGUACUUUGUACCUGGGAAUGGGUAGCCCCCUAAAUUACACUUUCUGACGGAGUUGGCUUGUGUCUCCCUCUGUUUUCAGCUGUUGCACCUGUUGGUUCCUGGUGGAUAUCAGCUCUCCUUUACCUGUUGUUGUCUUUCUUUUAAGAUAAUGACACCACAUUCUUACUGCCUAUAGAGAAAAAAAGGACACUUUCUGUCAAUGGGUUGCCCUGCAGUUCUAGGACUCUGUAAUUUCUGCCGUUUAAAACACUUAAAAUAAUGGAAGACUGGCUCCGUUGGGCUUAGGAAGCUUAUGUGAAUGACCCACCCAUGCAUCUUGGGUGUCAUUUCAGAGGCUGACUAGUGUUUUGGGGGUUGGGGCCAUGAACCAUCUCUACCAGAAAGUGUUAUUUAGCGACCACAUUCUAUGCAAACAAAAACAUCCAAGGAGUGUGUGAAGCAACACCAGUGAGGGGUGAGGCCUGGGGUGAGGAUGUGUGGCUGGGGAAGAUCUCAAGAGCCAGAUAGAGAGGCCUGGAGGGUCACAUUUGGCACCUGGGCCUGAGGUUCCUCAUCUUUGAUUCAUUAGGUAUGCCCCUUUUUAGUGUCUGGCUUUUAAGCUGGGUUCGUGUACUGUUCAAAAGCCAGGCUCCCAAGAUCUCUGUACUCAGUUAAAUUAUUUCUUUGGGAGAGAUCUGAUGGAUGUGCUGAUGUAGAGAAAACACUAGGUUCUGAACCGGAUGGCAGAGUUGGCUAUGGAAUGAAAAUUAAGGAAGCUGUACUGAAAGGUUAUAUCAGAACAUCCUUUUGUUAAAAGCAUUGCCCUUCCUCUAGCAGCUUUUGGCUGUCUUCAGUUAUCUAUUUGCUCUCAGGAAUCCAUUUCCUGGGAAAAGUUUAGACCUCAGCAUGUAUUACACAUAGCAUUGGUGGCUACUGGGUUAGGAACCCACAGCAUCUUUUCUUGGGUCUUCUUUGCAGCCAGCAAGAGCCCCACAUUUCUCUGCUAUGUGUUAAUACAGCCUUCACCAACCUGCUGCCCUCCAGAUAUUUUGGACUACAAUUGCCACUAGCCCUAGUAGGAGGGCACCAGGUUGCCAAAGGCUGCAUUCAUGCAUAGUGGAGAAUUGAAGACUUUUCCAUGACGGAGGGGUCCUCCCUCUUUGUAUUUCAGUCUGGGAAGCACUCACUAGCAUGAAUUAAGAGCGGAUAAGUGACUUUAAAAGGGAGAAGCGGGGUAUGCUGAAAAAAUAGGUCACCAUUUCCCUGAAUCAAACAUCUGAAGGAAUCCUCUUGUUGCUUCAGGGUUCCAAGCUGUUGACUAAUGUGAGAAGGGUGUGGUGAGAUUUGCCAUCUGGGAAAUGCCACCCAUAAUGACAAAGCCAGGUGAUGUUUUAUAGCAGGAGUAAGCAGUGGGUGUGUGGUCAUGUUAAAACAGAAAAUGAAAUGCACAAGUGGAAGAAUGUAUUGGGGCAAGUUCCGGAAAACUAGCUUGGAGAUGUCUUUGCCUUUGAGGGGGUGCACGGGUCUAUGAUGUGUAGAUCACGUAAAAGCAGGACACCUGGUUGACCACUGAGAAUUCAAAUGUUCUGUAGCUGCUUUCUGAAGUACCCUGUUGCUAGUGCCAUAACUCAUAACUAGGGCAAUGAAGGUCUCAUAGGUGCCUGGCUGAGUCUGUUGUGUUUUCAUGAGCCUUUAAUAGAAGCUUAAGAUCAGAUCACAAUUUGAACUGCUAUUAUCUACCCAUUUUGCUUUUAGUCUAGGGAUGGAUAACUUGUGGGCCUCCUGAUGAUGUUGAACUCCAACUCUUACGACUCCCAACGUUGCAUUGGGUGCCUGAUUCUAUUCCUAACAUGGUUGUUGUUUUUUCUGAUCAUGAAUGGAAAUUAAACAUCAACGUGAGACUGAAGAUUGAAAAGGGAAGUGGGGAGACUCACAGAAGCCUUUGCAAGUUUCCUCCUUCUUUCCUUCUAAGUCCCCAUCUUGCUACAGUCUUAAAAGGCAGCAUUUUGCAAGCAAAGGCAGAGGAAGUUACCUCCAUUGCUUUUGCUAGCAAAAUCACCUUUCUUUCUCCCCAGAAAGAAGAAAGAAAGGAGCAUAGGCAGCAGAUUCAAUCUUAGAGUGCCAGGCAAAAGCACACUUUGAAGCAAGCUAGCUCCUGCUCUCAAGACUACUUCAAAGGCUGCUUUGCAUCUUUAAGACAGACUCCAAGCUCUGGCCUUUGCAAGUCUCCCUGUAUUCCUCUUUUAAACCUCCAGCAUUGGAUUUAAAAGGGAAGUGUAGAAAGAAUUGCAAAACUGUGUGAGGGAUUUUGACAGGUGGGCAGCCCUGCUCACUUGACAAACAAAUGACAUCAUAAUGACGCCAUGUGAGUGCCAGGUCAGUGGCCACACUCAAAUUUGGCCCACAAGGCUGAGCCUGAUAAGGAUGUGGGCCAGGAGCUAAAAAGGUUCCCCACCAAGGCAUGUUGAGGACACACCAGGUGGAAAUGUUUUUAAACAAUUUUAAAUGAAAGAAACUCAGAAGAUGUAUCAUUGUCUGUGAAAACAAACUCACAGAAUUGUUAAAGGCUAAUUCAGUGCAUGCCUGCUCCCAUUUCUUUUACCAUCAUUUGGUCAUGGAAAUGUUUCCCUCUCAAAAGAUACCAUAGAGUUAUUUGUCCUAUCCCACAUUUCCCAAGAUGAAAGCUUGGAAACAUGAAAGAUCAAGCAAGAGGUAACCAGUAUUGUGUAACAGCUAAGAGCACCUCUUGUCUACAAACUUACAAAUAUCAAUUUCACUGUUAUGAUUUCUCCACAGAAUAUCCUGGGAAUUUUAUUUCAGUGAAGGUACCAAUAAUUAACCUCCCAGAAUAUGAGAGGGGUGACAGGAUGAUUGGUUUAGCAGUUUAAGUAUGUUGCCUAAGAGUGUGAACAGUGAGUUGAGGAAGUCCUCAGUUCAGAUCUCACCUCAGUUGCAAACUCACUAGAUGAGUGUAAACAAGCCACCACCUCCUUUCUACUUCUGUGCCACACCUCAGCAAAUACUGAGCUCCUUAACUGAUACUUACAUCUAUUUUAAGGAAAAGCAACCAAGGCAACAGACAUCCUAACAUAACAUAUGCUAAGAGCUUUGAACAUCCUUGAAAUGUUCGAUGUCAAUACUUGCUUGUUUACUAGCUGGUAUGGUGGAGUAUCUGAGUGACCAUAGAACAAGCAUGUCCAACUUCAAGGAGGCUUUGAUCUACUAUCCAGUAUCAAAAACUGGCAGUGAUCUACCACACUCUCCCCUUGUCAUGCUUCAACUUAAACAUAUUAUAUUUGGCUGAGCUUAUGAUAAAAGUAGUAACAAAUGAUAAUCACUUCCAUAAAAUCUGAAAAGUUCAUCAUAAAUCAAUAUAUUUUUAAAAAUACAUGCUUUGUAUACUUGUAAUAACAUAAGAAAAUAACAUUGAGGACAGGUUAUUAUUAUUAUUAUUAUUAUUAUUAUUAUUAUUAUUAUUAUUAUUAUCAUCAUCAUCAUCAUAAUCAGAACAUGAUGCACGGAUUGUUGUUCACAAAAGCUCAUGUCAUAAUAAAUGUGUUAAGUCUUUAAAGUACCCCAGGGCUCUUGCUGUUUUUCAAAUGAGUCAGGCACAUGUCAGCCACAGCGGUUUCCCCAAUAGUUUGAAACAGAAAUUGGGUAAACUCAACUGAAGAGUUGACAGCCUUCAUGCACCACCUUAAGAACUGGGUGAAACCUGUAGAAGCCCUUUCCCUUGGAUCCAACCCAACCAUUCCUUUUGAGUAAACCUAAACCAGCCCUUUCUCUGAGGAGCCAGUGCGCAGGGCUUCUCUCCCUCCCUCCCUCCCUCCCUCCCUCCCUCCCUCUCUACACACACACACACACACACACACACACACACACAUCCCCGCAUCCCCUCUGCUGCUGCAAACUACCAGCGCAGAAGGGGUGUUGUUGUAGAUAAAGGCCGGCUGUUUUAGAGCGGGGAGGAGGGGGGACACGCUGCACACCCUGUAGGAUUUUUGUUUCCCCAUCAAUGCAUUCCAGAAUUUCUCUCCCCCUGCCCUUCAGUUUUGUUCUGCCCAAUCCUCUUGUACGUCUUCUCGGAAGUAAAUCUCUCAAUGUGGGUGGGAUGGCAGCAGCCAGGAAGGGUCCCCCCCUCCCUCUCACGUGUUUACUUGGGAGUAAGCCUCACUGUGGUCUCUCGCACGCACGCUCUCUCUCUCUGGAUCCAAACCAGCCCUUUCUCUUGAGGAGCCAGCGCGCAGGGCUUCUCUCUCGCUCUCUCUCUUGCUCAGCCUCUCCAUCUGCGUAGACCUCCUCCCGCCUUGCACACUCUCUCUCUGUCUGAAGGAGGAGAGAGAGAGAGAGAGAGAGAGAGAGAGAGAGAGAGAAGCCCUCAGAGACAGAAAGAGCUGGUUUGGGUCCAGAGAGAGAGAUUGACAGAUUGACCAGAAUCACUCCUGCGAUCGACACAUUGGACAUGGCUGCCAUAGAACUAGUUACUGAAGCGGUGUCAGAUACAAGAAAGCUGGGAGCUUCCACCAUUACACCUUAGCCACGUGUUGUAUGUUUGGGUCCAAAACAAAGUUGUCCUACCCCUUACACCCUGUUAAAAGUGGCGACACCUCCAGUAUGAUUGUACUGUGAUGCCAAUACUAAAAUUUGCAAGCAAUUACUGUGAUUUGUCCUAUAUGAUGGGGGAAAGGGAAAGGGAGGAAAAAGCCUGCCUUCAGAAUUCUUCUUUAUCAGGCGAUGGAAACCCUAAACAAAUUAUGUUUGACGCUAAAUAUAUCCUAUAAUGGGCUAAAAUGCUGCUUAAGUAAAAUACCUAAAUGGUUUUGGUUCUAAGCUGUUCAUUAGACCACAUGUACCUAUACCAAUCAGCGCCCUAAGGCCUGAUUCGGAGGCUCUCCUGGUGUGUCCAUCCUCUCCUGUCAGUAAGGUGGGUGACCCAGAGGUUGUGAAACUCCCUCCUAUUGGACCAGCACUCAGUACCUGCAAUUUAGGCUUUGCAUAAGGCCCCAGAGACCUAUUUCUCCCCUGCACUGGCUUUCCAGACGAGAUGUCCAUCAGUUAUAUUUCCGUGAUUGAGAUACAUAUACAUAGAUAGAUAGAUAGAUAGAUAGAUAGAUAGAUAGAUAGUGUUGUUGGCUUGCACUUUUAAAUUUUGUGCUAUUGUACUUUUUGUUUCAUUUGUAAUAUGCUUUGGAAGGCCAUUUACCUAGAAAGGUGGCUUAUAACAAUGUUGGUAUCAUCCUCUGCCCCCCCCCCCUUCACAGCUGCAUUCAGUCCUUCUCAUAACUGGAGACAAUAAUGGAUUUUUAACUCCUCGAAACAUAUCCCCUAAAAGUUUCCUUUGCUAUCUUUAGAUGGAUCAGUAUGUGAGAAUGUUAUAACUUGAUGUCAGUUGGACAUCUCAUACUCUAGUGGCAAGUUCCUCCACUUCACCAUAUGGCUUGCUGUACAAGAGCAUUUCUAACUCAUUCCUCAGAAUUUUAAAAUAAGUCUGAAGCCUUGUUUCCGUGCAAUCUCCCAGUCUUGUUCCUUAGGAACUGUGCACUGAUUUUCAUCUACAGCAAUAUCCUUUCAUCUCUUGGCAUUCUUGCUGCAGUGCAUUCUGGGGUGGCAUAAUACAAAGAGUGUUUUAUUAUGUUGGGGGGGUGUGGGUGUGUGGGUGCGCGCGCACACAUAGGAGUGUGUGUUUUUCCACAUCACUGACCCUAGUGUCUUCUAUGUCCUUGGUUAUGCAAUGACUCCAGGCGGGUUAACGCUGUCCUUGCCAGAACAGCAGUUCUGUUUCUUCCACCCUUUCUGUAAAUGUUUCCUCAACAAACCUUUUCUGAAAGUUUCCUCCAGGUGAGGAACAGGGCAUGUUCCAAAAUGGGAUUUGGAUGCUGCAAAUUCUGGUCCUGUCCCACUUGGUGCUCUUCUUUUUUCUUGUUCACUGUGCAGUGCAGUUUGUGUGUGCAUGCGUGUGCAUUCACGUGGAGUUUUGCUGAUCUUGACUCUGUUGCCUUUACAGCUGGGUUUUGCUGAUCUGAAUCUAGCAGAAUUUGCAGGCUCCGGGUUCACUGUCAGAUGCUGCUUGCUGGAGGGAUAUGACACCAAGAAUACUCGGCAGGAUAAUUCUAUAUUGAAGGUAAAUGCUAAGAAAUUCCAUGGACAGGUGCUGUUUCUGAAUUUCAGCCUGAAUGUGUAUAUAUUUAAAAUCCUUCUCUCUACUCCACCCCCUCCCCAACCUCUUAUUUCUUCCGGUUCUGGUGUGUCUUGGCAGUAGGGUGCUGAAAGGAGGAACUUGAAGCUGCUGGUUCCCUACCCAACGGGAAAAAACAGUUUCCCAUAUAGGAUGUGGAGAACUACACGAUCAGCAAAAAUAUAUAUACACGCACAUUGCCUAGUGCUAUGCUGUCAUCGCUUUUAGGGGCAAUUUUAGUUCCUUUAGACUUGGUUCACACGUAAAGGGAAACCAUGGCUUCCUGCUAUGGUAACAAACCGCAACAAGCCAAGGACUUGCAAGCGCACCCUUCCCUUUCCCUUACUAUGGCCAGAAAGAGAUGGAAAGCCUCUGCUUCCAUUUAAAAAGGGAAAAGGGGAAAAAACCCAAUGACAGUUCCCAAUAACUUCUAAACGCAGAACUCUGGUUGGUUUUAAAACUAUGGUUUAUUUGUUUUUGUUUUAUGAAUUACCAGGGUGGUCUACAUAUAUAUUUUCAAGACUUUCAUUUCAAUCUUCCUCAGGUAACGAUUGGCAUGUCCCUGCUCUCUGGAGAUCCUUGCUUCAAAACGUGAGUGGUUGUUUUGUUUUGUUUUGUUUUGUUUUGUUUUACCAUUAUUUUGUCAGCAAAGGGAUUUGAGAAAAACAGGCAGAGUUCAGAGAGAAAAUUAUGUCUGCUGUUGUGCUUCCAAACACUUCUACGCUAGAAGGAGAUGAUGAGGAGCCGUGUGCAAAGCCCAGGAUUGCCAUGCCUUUGCCUGUUUCCCUCUGACUUCUGAGCAGGGUGUGUGGAUUGGGAUGUAAUUCUGAGUGUUUGCCUGUUGGAGGUCACCUCUCUACAGGGUGACAUUCAACAGUGGCUAUAGUAAAGCUGUUUGCUGGUGGGAAUUGCUGGCUGCUGCCAUGGGGCAGCCACGAGAGUAUUAGUUCAUUCAGUUUAUUAAUUCAUUUGAUUUAUACCCCCACCCUUCCUCCCAGAGGAGUCCAAGAUUCCAGUGCUUCUUUCACCAGUAACAAAAUGAUCACUAUCACUUGCAUUCGUCGCUUACUGCCUAAAAUGUCUCAGAGCGACUUACAUGUAUAAAAGCCUACAUAAUUCUAAAAUUGAAAACAAAUCAAAAAGAUAAAAGAAUAUUCUUGACUAAAAGUGCUUAUCCUGCUGUAACAUAAAAAGGACAAAUUCCACCCCACCCUACUAAAAGAUGAACACCAAUAUAGGCAAAUUACACCCCAAUUAAGAGUCAAAUGCCUGAGUGAAUGGGAAUAUCUUCACCCAGUGUCUAAAAGUUGAUCAUGAUGGCACCCAGCGCAACUCUUUGAGGAGUGCAUUCUACAGACAGGGAGCCGCCACUGAAAAGAUCUCACCCUUGUGUGGCUGCCUCAAAGAGAACACACAUUUCUGUGUGUUCUGUGUUCUGGCAUUUCUGUCAGUGCUGUUCCUGUGUGUUGUUGCUGGCUGGUUUAAGAGCCCCUGCACGGCGUGUGCGGGGGCUGCUGACUUUGGAGAGGGCUGCUAGCCAGUCAACAACCACUUAUUCACAAGGUACUUCUGCUUCAACAGCUACUGCUAAAGGAUAUAUUUUCUGUUGUUGCCUCACAACAGGUAGUUUCUCUUCCUGAGAACCACUUGGCCAAAUCAUUGCUGCUUACAGACACUAUGUAAUAACCAUUUUAAAGUGCCUGUCACAUGGUUCCCUGUUGUCCUCCCUCAUUAGGUUGAGGGGAGAAGGGAAGUAAAAUGCAAUUAUGUCUCAAGACUAUCAGGUUGUUUCUGUUUGCUGUGGAAGAUGUCUUAAUGCUGUACAGUAUACUCAAAAUGGAGCCCUCAUUGCCACAUCAGAGCCCCCUGUUUACAUGCUAAAAUAUUUCAAUCUCAGCUUGCUAGUGUUUUACUUCAUAUCGUAUUGCAUACUUCACUUACACAGCUGUUACGGAAUUUUUUUCAAGGACAUACCAGCAAGGACCUCAGCUUCUCAUGAGCAAUUCUUUCUCCCUCCCUUCUUUCUGUUAUGUUGUUAUUUACAACCUGCUUGUCUCUUUCCUUCCUUGUAAUGCAGCAAAGCACAAUGAUCAGUGCUAACGUUCCCUGGCUGACUGACUACUGCUAAUGUUCCUAGAUCGCUGUGUGCAUCUUGUUAAACUCUCUCUGUGUGUUUGCUUUUUGUAGGCCUCCGUCCACAGCCAAAUCAAUUACUAUACCAGGCCAGGACUCUACCCUGCAGUUGACCUGUAAAGGGGAGGGGACGACCAGCAGCAGCACAACUCCCACCAGUAGCACAUCUGCCACCAUUGGUUCAGUCCGUCAGAACAAGCCCAGACCCACCAUUCUUGGUUCGGGUACAGGUAAUAUAUGUUUUAUGAAGUACAUUUACUACAUCUCCACCACAUUCUGAAUUAGCAUCAAGCUUGCUGUUCUUUGGGUUUAAGUGCUUCAGCUCUUUUCUGCAAAUAGUAUCUUUUCUUCUAUUUGCAGUAUUCCUCUUUUUCUUCACAAGUUUAUUUACUAUUUAUUGACCACUGUUCUCCACUUGGUUCUCUCCUUGUGCGGGACUAUUUUGUCUGGGCCUAGAACAGCUCCCCUACCUUUCAGCGAACACAGGAAGCCACUUUAUACCAAAUUGGUCCAUUGGUCCAACAUGGUCAGUGUUGUCUAUACUGACUGUUAAUCUCUCACCAGGGUUUCAGAAAGGCAGGGAGUCUUUCCCAGUCCCAACUGGGGAUGCCUGCGAUUGUAUCUGAGACCUCCUAUAGGCAGAACAUGUGCUCUACCGCUACCCUUCCAUUUUUAGACUUGUUCUGCCUUGACUUCAGACUCUCCUUCGUACAGUGCUACCUCGGGUUAAGAACUUAAUUCGUUCUGGAGGUCUGUUCUUAACCGGAAGCUGUUCUUAACCUGAGGUACCACUUUAGCUAAUGGGGCCUCCCGCUGCCACCGCCGCGCGAUUUCUGUUCUCAUCCUGUAGCAAAGUUCUUAACCCGAGGUACUAUUUCUGGGUAAGUGGAGUCUGUAACCUGAAGCAUCUGUAACCUGAGGUACCACUGUAUCUUUUCCCUUUCCACUUGGGCAAUUGCCAGUCUGCACCAUGUGGUAACAUUGAAUAGUGCAACGAUGUGCCUGCUCUGUUGCAUGAGAGAGGUCUUAAAAUAGGAAGCACAAAAGGGGAGCAAAGGCCAAAAAAAAUCCACCUUUGGAAUGCAGUGUGCUGACUUCUUGAUGGUUGUGCUGAGCUUUUUAAAAAUGGAAUCCUUUGCAGCAGGGGAAGGAAACGGGAUACAGUGGGUGGACUUGUUCUUAACCUGCUCCAUGGACCAACUUUGACAUUAAAAUCCUUUGGGUUUAUUAUUAUUAUUAUUAUUAUUAUUAUUAUUAUUACUACUACUACAUUGGGGAACAAUUCCAAAGACACUUGCUCUCAGUAGUGAUGAGGAACUCCCUAGUGCAGUUAAUACCAGGCAAGUCUUUACCUGCCUCACAUCUGAUGUCACAUACAAAUGUCAAGUAUUGGGCUGGUGGCUGUGGUUUGUGACCAAUACCAGGCCCAAUUGGAGCCAAGGGGCUAAAAUUUCCCCACCACUGCUGUACAGAAUCAAAGGAUACACCACACUAAACUUGAAGGGUCAGACCCAUUCAAGAAUUGGCUGAUCUCUGAAGGGGGGGGGGCGCAGUCCAAGGGAAUGCCUCAUGCUAUCGUUGUGGGAAGUUGCUUGGCAGUUCCAGAGCUGUUGCUCCUCUUACACAGAUAAUACUGAAAUUUGAUGGCAUGGCUUCCUCGCUACAUGCCAGUUGAAACAAAUCUUGUGGAACUUUUCUAGAGAAAGAGAAACUAAGUAGCUGACAUCUCCCAGCAUAUUUCCAUGUCCUUGUCUUCUUUCCUUAUCAGGUGUAACAGAAGAACCAGACCAGAACCUGUCAAGUCCUGAUGAAGUAUUCCAUUCCGGACACUCACGGAAUUCAAGCUACGCCAGCCAGCAAUCCAAAAUCUCUGGUAACUUUGCUUGUUGCAUAGCUUGCCAGGGAAAUGCAAAGUACAUUGCAGUUGUUCCUUGCUGCACUUAAUUUUGCUUAAUUCUAUCUUUGCUGCAAUUGCAGAACUCUAGAAAGCAUAAAAUUCUUUGGUACAAUGCUUUAAAAAAAACAACCAAGCACAUACAUCUCUCUUUGGUGGGGCAGAGCUCUUUGUUACUGUCCAAGAGCCAGUAUGUAGUAGUAAGAGGGUUGGGGUAUGACCUGGAAGGCCUGGUUCUAGUCCCAAAUUAACCAUGAAGCUCACUGCGUGACUGUCCUUGAAUCUUCCUGCCACACUUGCCGUACCAGUGUAAUGCACCACACCCUUUGAGAACCACUGAUUCAGACAAUACAUUCUUCGCAAACCAGGAAGCCUCCAAAUAUUUUGUACUCUGAUUCUCUUGGGAGACUUACAGUCCAAAAAUCUAGAGGGCACCCGGUUGGUGAAGACUGGUGUUGACAAUACAUGAAGGAUAUACUUGGAGCAAGAAUUGUCCUGUUUAUAAGCAGAUUAAAGCUUUCCUUGUUUGUGGAGCAAACUGCAUGCAAACCCUUGUGCCUGGUGGCUGUGGUGUGGAAAAGUGGGUUGCUUGUAGUACCUGAUACAUCUAUUCACAGGCUACAGCACCGAGCAUUCACGAUCCUCCAGCUUGUCUGACCUGACCCACCGCCGCAACACAUCCACCAGCAGUAGCGCCUCAGGAGGACUUAGCAUGACAGUGGAGUGCCCAGAGGGUGAGCGGGAGCACAAGCCGGAGAAACCACCUCGCCCACCAAGACCAAACCUUCUGUUGGACAGAUCAUCCAGGUGAGAAACGGUUGGUUGGUGUAAUGGAAGUCAUCUAAAGUGCUGGAGGUUUCCCAUCACUGGUGCAAUGGGAGAAAAUUCAUUUGUGUCUCUUGGAGCACAUAUGAAACUUCUUUAUGCCAGAUUAAGACCAUGGAUCCCCAAGACGCUUUAAUUCAAUGGUAUGGAAAUCUGUGGCCCUUCAGGUGGUGUUGAACUUCAGUUCCCAUCAGCCCCAACCAACAAGUGGCCAAACACGCUGGGAGUUCUGGUCCAGCAACAUCAGGUGGGCUACAUGUUCUCCACCACUAGUUAAACUGCACGUGAUGGAGUCUAUGUUUGGGAUCUUACUCAUUCAAAGUAUGUGUUAUGUCACUGAGUUAAUGGCAUUGCUCAGUAAUCUGGGCACAUUUCUCCUUUUUAUGAAUCAGAAUUCAGGUUCUUCUAGCUCUGGGCUGCCUGCUGCAAUGAACAAGGUUUCCAGACCUGCACAGUGAAAUCCUGGUGGCCAGAUAUGAUAUAUGUAUUUUUAUUUUUGCCCCUCUCCCCACUGGCCAGCUUUGGCAGGUGGGCAGGACAACUGGCUUGUCAAUCAUUUGGUGCCAGGCGAUUGACACAUGCCAAAGUCCCUUGCAUAGUGCUUCCUAAAAACAACCAGGUGGUUGUCUCAUGCUUGGGAGUGGCUACUCAAUGCACCUUUCACUGUCCCUACAAUCUGCAAUGCCUGCAAAGACCCUUCUGGUUUGGCUUUGCCUACCCUACAUCUGAAGUCAUAUAUGACAUCAGAUGUAGUGCAGGUGGGCAUGGCUUGUCCAAAUGUCUUACGGGCCAAAUGGGCAGUUUAGGCUAUGGCUGUUUUGUAAUUUCCUGCAGUAGGUUAAAAUUGUAAAAGUGAUGCUUAAAUAUGUGGGACAUAAAUUCUUGGAUAUAAAAGCAGAACUUCAUGUUUUCCCUUCCAGGCAGAAAUUGAGGUUUUCAUUAUCAGGAUAGCCUCCUUCACUUUUCUCUAUUUUUUCCAUAUUUUAUUUACUAAGGAGAAAAAAGGAUUCUGUGGAAAGCCAUCCCACCUGGGUGGAUGACACCCGGAUUGAUGCAGAUGACAUAGUGGAGAAAAUCAUGCAGAGUCAGGACUUCACGGAUGUCAGCAACACUGAAGGUGAGUUUACUAGUAUUUACUAGACUCUGUUCCCGUGGUCUUGAGGUUUGUUUUCAUGGUCUUGAGGUUUGUUUUCUGCCUCCUACAGUGAGGGGAAAAAGUAUUUGAUCCCCUGCUAAAUUUGCCCGUUCGCCCUCUGACGAAGAAAUGACCAAUUUUCAUGGUAGGAUUAUUGUAGUGUAUACAAGAUUCUGACUGCUGUUGUUGCAUACAUAAAUAAGUUUAUCAUCUUUUGGGGGGUUUCUGACCCUAAAAGGAAAGCAUCAGGUUUUGGGAGAAUUACCGGUUUAAACAUUUUUUCAUUUCAUUGUGUAUCAUUUCCCAGAAACGUUUGGCUUUUUCACAUGUUGAUCACAUAUGAAAAAAUGUUCCCUCAUUAUGUUUACAUUUCUAGCGUUUGUUUUGAUACCAUCUUCUACAUCUUUGCCAAUUUGUCUGGCGUUAGAUACCAUCUGUAUAUCAUUUUAAUAUACUUUUUCCUUUAAUGCAUAACAGGAGUAAAUUUCAGAUUUACUCUCCACAGUUUUUCCCAUGAAGACAUAUCAAUAUUAUGCCCUAAAUCUUUGACCCAUUGUAUCAUGACAGAUUUAACCAUUCAUCUUUUGCUUCCCAUUCCAAUAACAGUUUAUACUUUUUUGAGAUCAGUUUUACCUUAACCUCUAACAGUUUGAUUUCAAAUUCUGACCUUUGUUAUGUAAAACCAUUCUACAUAUCUUUUAAAUAUUUCGUUUACUUGACAAUACUGAAACCAAUCACAUCCAUUGUUGGAUCUCUUACUGUUUUUUAAGUUUACAACCAGCUUCAGGAAAAACUUAAUAUAUCUCUAUAAGCUCCCCAUUUUGCCCCCAUAUUUGUUUUCUUUUGUGCACAUGCCUCUAUGGGGGAUAGCCGCAAUGGCACUUUUCUUUCCAAUAGGUUUGUAUAGACAGCUUCUUAUAAUACAUUUAAAAAUUCUCUGUGGACUCUUACCUUCUCAUACCACAGAUAUGCAUGCCAUCCAAACCUUGUAUUAUAUCCUUCCAGAUCUAGCAAUCUGGUAUUUUCCAAUAGCAACCAUUCCCAUAACAACAUAAAACAUGAUAAGUCAUAAUAUAAUUUUAAAUCCAGCAGUGCAAAUCCUCCUCUUUCUUUAACAUCUCUUAAUAUUUUAUAUUUUAUUCUAGAUUUCUUCCCCUGCCAGAUAAAUUUAGUUAAUUCUUUUUGCCGUUAUUUGAAACAAUCAUGCUUUAUUAUUAUCGGUAUUGACUGCAAAAGAAAUAACAUUUUAGGCAAUACAUUCAUUUUUACAGCUGAGGUUCUUCCCAUUAAUGAGAGUUUUUUUCCUAUCCCAUCUUAAUAGGUCCUGUUUCCCAGUAUUCUACACUUUUUCAUAGUUGUUUUGAUACAACAAUACAUUCUUAUUUGUUAUCCAUAUCCACACAGAUACAUCACCUUUUUUCCACUUUAACACCCAAUUCCUCUUGCAAAGUCUCUUUCAUUGAUCUAUAUUUUUUACCAACAUUUUAGUUUUAUCCUUAUUAACAGAAAAUCCUGCCAGACUCCCAAACUGCUUUAUCAUUAUAAAUACAAUCUUUAUUUUUAUCUAGGGGAUCUUCCAUAUAUGAAAGCAUUUCUUGCGUGUGAGAUGUGCUCCCCUUUUGGUGCCAUCCCAGCUUCCUCCUUCCUGUUUGCUGUGCUGCACUUUUGCCAUUGUAGCUUGAGAGUGCCUAACCCAGUAUGAAGAGCACUUUCCCAAAUACUCUGCUAAGCAUGUUCUCUGAUGCUGAAGACGGUGUAAUCUAAUGGCCGUGCAAAAUGGCAACUGUGAAAAUGCCUUCCCUUGCUCAGCAGUUUUGCAUUGCCAGCAGGAGACCCUCUGGGGAUUGUGGCAGUUUUAUAUUUCACUCUUCCCCUUCUUUUGUUCUUUACAGAUAGUAACCUGAGGCUGUUUGUGAGCAGAGAUGGCACAACUACACUAAGCGGAAUUCAGCUUGCCAACAGGUAUGAGUUCCCUAGCAGAUUCCUUUUGAAAGACUAGGUUUAGACCAUGCCCGUGGGGAGAUGCUUUUGCUGGUAUUUUGUGGGUGGGUGUUUUCAGUUAAUCCACAACUUUGGAAAUUGAUGGCAAGAGCUCAUUUGGGGGUAUGGAUCUAGGCAGUGCCUAAGAAAUACUGAAGUAAAAGGCCUAGGGAGGUACUAUUUUGGUACUGCUAUUUUGGCUAACGCAUGCUCAGUCACCCCUGCAACCAUAUGCUUUCCAUAUCAGACAGGCCAUGACUUCAUCUAGCUCAGUACUGUCUACACUAGCUUUCCCAGACUACAGCUCCCAUCAUCCCUGACUAUUGGUUGGAGCUGAUGGGAGUUGGUGAACACUAUGUCAGUCUUUAUUGACCUCAGGCAGUAUUCUUACCUAACCUAGAGAUGCCAGGGAUUGAACCUCAAAUCCUUUGAAUGCAAAGCAUAUGCUGUAGUCCUGAGUGACCUCUUUGAAGCCUACUGUUCUGUUGUAAAAUAAUACAUCACAGGCAUUGUUUCGUAAGGACAAAUCCACAGGCCUUAGGCCAUUUCACUGACGAAAUCAUAGUACCCAUUAUCUACUACUAAGUUAGAGGAUAUGACCCUAUCUGCAAACUUUGCUAAAAGCAGGACAUGCAUGAAAAAAUAAGAAGGAAUCCUGAUAUUUAGCUCCAUUGAAAUCCAUUUUUACUAGUAUCAAAAUGCCCUGCUAAUAACAUGGUAAAUUGUCUUGAAUUAAAGCAAUGUCUGUGUGUCUCUUUCUCUCUUUCUCCACCCACCCCCGAAAACCCCCCACCAAAAAGCUUUCUGACGUAUGAUUUCAGGCCAGGUUAGUUAUCUUCAAUAUCUCCAUUAGAACAGUUCUUAAUGUCUUCAUUUUUAAGUUUCAGCUCUUUACAAAUGGGACCUGCACACACAGAGAUUAUAAUGGCAUUCUCCCCUCUUUCUUACACAGAGUCUCAUCUGGAGUUUACGAGCCAGUGGUAAUCGAAACCCAUUAA